UUAAUAAUUUGGGUUCCGUAUUGUGUUAUUGUUGUUGUGCGUGAGAAAGUGAGCGCGGUCAAGUAUGGCUUCUCAGCUCCUAAGACGAACCCUCGGAAGCCGCUACCUGGCAAACCCUAAGGCCUUCUCCUCCGUUUCCACUCCGAUCCGUGCCACUCUCUUCCCCGGCGAUGGUAUUGGCCCCGAGAUCGCCGAAUCUGUUAAACAGAUAUUCAAAGCAGCUGACGUGCCAAUAGAAUGGGAAGAGCACUACGUAGGAACUGAAAUUGACCCUAGAACUCAGAGCUUUCUGACAUGGGAAAGUUUAGAAUCAGUAAGGAAAAAUCGUGUUGGCUUGAAAGGGCCAAUGGCCACCCCUAUUGGAAAAGGACAUCGUUCAUUAAACCUUACUCUAAGAAAAGAACUUAAUUUGUAUGCCAAUGUUCGACCUUGCUACAGUCUUCCUGGAUACAAAACUCGGUAUGAUAACGUAAAUCUCAUUACAAUCCGUGAAAACACAGAAGGCGAAUACAGUGGACUUGAACAUCAGGUUGUGAGAGGUGUUGUAGAAAGUCUCAAAAUUAUUACACGUCAAGCAAGUUUAAGGGUGGCUGAGUAUGCUUUUCACUAUGCCAAGGCACAUGGAAGAGAGAGAGUGUCUGCCAUACACAAGGCCAACAUUAUGCAAAAGACUGAUGGUCUUUUUCUCAAGUGUUGCCGUGAGGUUGCAGAGAAAUAUCCUGAGAUAAAAUAUGAGGAAGUUGUCAUUGACAAUUGCUGCAUGAUGCUUGUGAAGAAUCCUGCACUUUUUGAUGUAUUGGUGAUGCCUAACCUUUAUGGUGAUAUUAUCAGUGACCUUUGUGCUGGCUUGGUUGGGGGAUUGGGCUUAACACCAAGCUGCAACAUUGGUGAGGGAGGAAUUGCACUUGCUGAGGCUGUACAUGGUUCUGCACCUGAUAUUGCUGGAAAGAAUUUGGCAAAUCCAACUGCUUUGCUGCUGAGUGCUGUUACAAUGUUGCGCCAUUUGAAUCUCACUGACAAAGCAAGCCAGAUUCAAAAUGCAAUCCUUGACACGAUUGCAGAAGGGAAGUACCGAACUGCUGAUCUUGGUGGCAAUUCAAAGACAACUGAAUUUACAAAUGCAAUUAUCGAUCAUCUUUAAAUUUUGCUUUGGAGUCAGCAAGAAAUUGUUGCUUAUAAUUUUGAUUUUCUGUCAAUUUCCGUUUAUUUCCCCAAUUUUAUUCCGGAGGAGUGGGAUUACCUCAGCUUAAAGGAAAACUCGUUCAAGUGUGUGUGACAUUACAACCAAAGACAAGAAAUGGGCAAGCAUUCAAAUAUUCGCUGCCCACUGCAGUCUUGUUGCAUUGCGAGGGUCCCCUCUGAUUGAUAACCCUCGGUAGUCUGUUUUAGUAUUCUUUGUCAAUAAUAUUUAUAGCCCUAAAUAAAAAUACAAGAAAUGAUGUUUAUUCGUUCAUCUUUAUCAUCUUUCUGAUAUUGUGCAGCUAUUGUUUGCUUUAAUUUUUUGAAUCGUAUCCAAAGUUGCGACUUCUUGUGCUCCUUACU